AUGGCACCUACUUCGGCUCUGCAAGCAGCUAUAGAUCUCACUGCCGGAGCUGUAGGUGGAACAGCAUGCGUCUUUGUUGGACAGCCAUUAGACACUGCUAAGGUAAAAAUGCAGACAUUCCCCACCAUGUACAGAGGACUGAUAGACUGUGCAGUGAAGGUUUACAAACAGGUGGGCUUCCGAGGAUUCUACAAAGGGACCAGCCCAGCCCUUCUCGCCAACAUUGCUGAAAAUUCUGUGCUUUUCAUGAGCUAUGGCUUCUGUCAGAGGAUUGUGAGGAAGAUUGUAGGCUUAGACAAAAAUGCAGCACUAAGUGACCUCCAAAAUGCGACUGCAGGAUCAUUUGCCAGUUUUUUUUCUGCUAUGGUUCUUUGCCCAACGGAGCUGGUGAAAUGCCGCCUCCAGGCCAUGCAUGAACUGCAAGUCUCUGGCAAGAUAUUACAGGGACAAAAUACAGUGUGGGCAGUGCUGAAAGGCAUUAUGCAGCAGGAAGGUCCCUUUGGCUUGUACGGGGUCUGGUCAGCACGAUAUGCAGAGAAAUGCCUGGUUACUUCGUCUUCUUUGGUGGAUACGAGCUCAGCAGAACACUUUUAGCUUCAGGUGAAAAAUCAAAGGAUGAGCUUGGUCCGGUAGCAUUGAUGAUAAGCGGUGGAUGUGGAGGAUGUGCUCUGUGGCUUGUUAUAUACCCUUUGGACUGUAUCAAGUCCAGGAUCCAGGUCCUCUCCAUCACAGGGAAGCAUGCUGGCUUCCUGGGAACAUUUUCAAGUAUUGUGAAGAAUGAAGGAUUCCUGGCAUUAUAUUCAGGACUGAAGCCUACGCUGAUCCGCGCUUUUCCAGCCAAUGGUGUCCUCUUCCUUGCCUAUGAGUACAGCAGGAAACUGAUGAUGCAGCAUGCUGAGUCCUGUUGA